AUGGCGGACCGCAGCCUGGAGGGCAUGGCGCUGCCCCUGGAGGUGCGCGCCCGGCUGGCCGAGCUGGAGCUGGAGCUGUCGGAAGGUGACAUCACACAAAAAGGAUAUGAGAAGAAGAGAUCGAAAUUGAUUGGAGCCUAUCUGCCCCAGCCUCCGAGGGUGGAUCAAGCUUUGCCUCCAGAGCGCCGGGCUCCGGUCACUCCUUCCUCUGCCUCUCGCUAUCACCGCCGAAGGUCCUCAGGGUCACGAGAUGAGCGCUACCGGUCGGAUGUCCAUACAGAAGCUGUCCAGGCUGCGCUCGCUAAACACAAAGAAAGGAAGAUGGCAGUGCCUAUGCCUUCCAAACGCAGGUCCUUGGUUGUGCAGACCUCGAUGGACGCCUACACACCCCCAGAUACCUCCUCUGGCUCAGAAGACGAAGGCUCGGUGCAGGGCGACUCCCAGGGGACCCCCACCUCCAGCCAGGGCAGCAUCAACAUGGAGCAUUGGAUCAGCCAGGCCAUCCAUGGUUCUACCACCUCCACCACCUCGUCCUCUUCUACCCAGAGUGGGGGGAGUGGUGCCGCCCACAGGCUGGCCGACGUCAUGGCUCAGACGCACAUAGAAAAUCACUCUGCACCUCCUGACGUAACCACUUACACCUCAGAACAUGCAAUACAAGUAGAAAGGCCGCAGGGCUCCACGACGUCACGGACAGCCCCGAAGUAUGGCAAUGCCGAGCUCAUGGAGACUGGUGAUGGUGUGCCUGUAAGUAGCCGCGUAUCCGCAAAGAUCCAGCAGCUUGUCAAUACCCUCAAACGACCCAAACGACCACCCUUACGGGAAUUCUUCGUUGAUGACUUUGAAGAACUGCUAGAAGUUCAACAACCAGAUCCAAACCAGCCAAAGCCAGAGGGAGCCCAGAUGUUGGCAAUGCGUGGGGAGCAGCUGGGUGUAGUUACAAAUUGGCCCCCAUCUUUAGAAGCAGCAUUACAGCGAUGGGGGACCAUUUCACCAAAGGCUCCAUGCUUGACCACGAUGGACACAAAUGGAAAACCUCUCUACAUCCUCACUUACGGCAAACUGUGGACAAGAAGUAUGAAGGUUGCUUACAACAUUCUGCAUAAAUUAGGUACAAAACAAGAGCCUAUGGUGCGACCUGGAGAUAGGGUGGCACUGGUGUUCCCCAACAACGACCCUGCUGCCUCCAUGGUGGCUUUCUAUGGCUGCCUGCUGGCCGAAGUUGUGCCUGUGCCCAUUGAGGUGCCCCUCACCAGAAAGGAUGCAGGAAGCCAGCAGAUCGGGUUCUUGCUUGGAAGCUGUGGGGUGACUGUAGCCUUGACAAGUGAUGCUUGCCAUAAGGGGCUGCCAAAGAGCCCGACGGGGGAGAUCCCACAGUUCAAAGGUUGGCCAAAACUAUUAUGGUUUGUCACAGAGUCAAAACAUCUCUCUAAACCUCCUCGAGAUUGGUUCCCGCACAUUAAGGAUGCAAAUAAUGACACUGCGUAUAUUGAGUACAAGACGUGCAAGGAUGGAAGUGUGCUCGGGGUGACCGUCACGAGGAUCGCACUUCUGACCCACUGCCAGGCCCUCACACAGGCGUGUGGCUACACAGAAGCUGAAACGAUUGUGAAUGUGUUGGAUUUCAAGAAGGAUGUUGGGCUCUGGCAUGGAAUCCUCACGAGCGUCAUGAACAUGAUGCAUGUGAUCAGCAUCCCCUACGCACUGAUGAAGGUGAACCCACUGUCCUGGAUUCAGAAGGUCUGCCAGUACAAAGCAAAAGUGGCCUGUGUCAAAUCCCGGGACAUGCAUUGGGCCUUGGUGGCGCACAGGGACCAGAGAGACAUCAACCUCUCUUCUCUCCGGAUGCUGAUAGUGGCCGACGGCGCAAACCCCUGGUCUAUUUCUUCCUGUGAUGCAUUUCUCAACGUCUUCCAAAGUAAAGGUCUACGCCAGGAAGUCAUCUGCCCCUGCGCCAGCUCACCAGAGGCUCUCACUGUGGCCAUCCGGAGGCCCACCGACGACAGCAACCAGCCCCCAGGCCGCGGUGUCCUGUCCAUGCAUGGGCUGACCUACGGGGUCAUCCGUGUGGACUCGGAGGAAAAGCUGUCUGUGCUCACCGUGCAGGACGUCGGCCUCGUGAUGCCUGGAGCCAUCAUGUGUUCGGUAAAGCCAGAUGGGGUUCCCCAGCUGUGCAGGACAGAUGAAGUCGGGGAGCUCUGCGUGUGUGCAGUGGCCACGGGCAUGUCCUACUACGGCCUCUCGGGUAUGACCAAGAAUACCUUCGAGGUGUUCCCGGUGACGAGCUCAGGGGCCCCAGUCAGUGAGUACCCCUUCGUGAGGACGGGCUUGCUCGGCUUCGUUGGCCCCGGAGGGCUUGUGUUCGUGGUGGGCAAGAUGGACGGGCUUAUGGUGGUCAGCGGGCGCAGACACAACGCCGAUGACAUCGUGGCCACAGCACUGGCUGUGGAGCCCAUGAAGUUUGUCUACAGAGGAAGAAUAGCCGUGUUUUCAGUGACUGUCCUGCACGACGAAAGGAUUGUGAUUGUGGCUGAGCAGAGGCCAGACUCCACGGAAGAGGACAGCUUCCAGUGGAUGAGCAGGGUGCUGCAGGCAAUUGACAGUAUACAUCAAGUUGGGGUUUAUUGUCUGGCCUUGGUUCCAGCAAACACCCUCCCCAAAACCCCACUCGGGGGCAUCCAUUUGUCAGAAACGAAGCAGCUCUUCCUGGAGGGCUCACUUCACCCUUGCAAUGUCCUCAUGUGUCCCCACACAUGCGUUACAAACCUGCCUAAGCCUCGGCAGAAGCAACCAGAGAUCGGCCCUGCCUCUGUGAUGGUGGGGAACCUGGUGUCUGGGAAGAGGAUCGCACAGGCCAGCGGCAGAGACUUGGGCCAGAUAGAAGACAAUGACCAGGCCCGGAAGUUCCUGUUCCUCUCGGAAGUCCUGCAGUGGAGGGCACAGACCACCCCUGACCACGUGCUGUACACGCUGCUCAACUGUAGGGGCACAAUAGCAAACUCACUGACUUGUGUCCAGCUGCACAAGCGGGCUGAGAAGAUAGCCGUGAUGCUGAUGGAGAGGGGACACCUGCAGGACGGGGACCACGUCGCCCUGGUCUACCCACCAGGCAUAGACCUCAUCGCUGCAUUCUAUGGCUGCUUGUAUGCAGGCUGCGUGCCCAUCACUGUCCGUCCCCCACACCCACAGAACAUCGCCACCACGCUGCCCACCGUGAAGAUGAUCGUGGAGGUGAGCCGUUCUGCCUGUCUGAUGACAACACAACUGAUCUGUAAAUUGUUACGGUCCAGGGAGGCAGCUGCGGCAGUGGAUGUCAGGGCCUGGCCCCCUAUACUAGACACAGAUGAUUUGCCAAAGAAGCGGCCUGCCCAGAUCUACAAACCUUCCAACCCAGACACGCUAGCCUAUCUUGAUUUCAGUGUGUCCACAACCGGGAUGCUAGCUGGAGUGAAGAUGUCUCAUGCAGCUACCAGUGCCUUCUGCCGUUCUAUUAAGCUGCAGUGUGAGCUCUACCCCUCGAGAGAAGUGGCCAUCUGCUUGGACCCUUACUGUGGACUUGGGUUUGUCCUGUGGUGCCUCUGUAGCGUGUACUCUGGGCACCAGUCCAUCCUCAUCCCGCCGGCAGAGCUGGAGACCAACCCUGCCUUGUGGCUGCUUGCCGUGAGUCAGUACAAAGUCCGGGAUACCUUUUGCUCCUAUUCAGUGAUGGAACUGUGCACCAAGGGGCUGGGAUCGCAGACAGAAUCCCUCAAGGCACGAGGACUGGACUUGUCCCGCGUGCGGACCUGUGUGGUGGUGGCAGAGGAGCGGCCCCGAAUAGCACUCACCCAGUCUUUCUCGAAACUGUUCAAAGACCUGGGCCUCCACCCGCGGGCCGUUAGCACCUCGUUUGGCUGUCGAGUGAACCUGGCAAUUUGCUUGCAGGGAACAUCGGGGCCCGAUCCGACCACCGUCUAUGUGGACAUGAGAGCUCUGAGACAUGACAGAGUACGCUUGGUGGAAAGAGGCUCUCCUCAUAGUUUGCCCCUGAUGGAGUCAGGAAAAAUACUUCCAGGGGUGCGGAUCAUCAUUGCCAAUCCAGAAACGAAAGGACCCUUGGGAGACUCACACCUGGGCGAGAUCUGGGUUCACAGUGCCCAUAAUGCCAGUGGUUACUUCACUAUUUAUGGAGAUGAAUCCCUCCAGUCAGAUCACUUCAACUCAAGAUUAAGCUUUGGAGACACACAGACAGUCUGGGCACGAACAGGCUACUUGGGAUUCCUACGGAGAACUGAACUCACUGAUGCAAAUGGAGAGCGCCAUGAUGCCCUCUACGUGGUGGGGGCCCUGGACGAGGCCAUGGAGCUGCGCGGCAUGAGGUAUCACCCGAUAGACAUCGAGACCUCAGUCAUCAGAGCCCACAAGAGCGUCACGGAAUGUGCCGUGUUCACCUGGACAAACUUGCUGGUGGUUGUGGUUGAGCUCGAUGGGUCCGAGCAGGAAGCCCUGGACCUGGUCCCCCUGGUGACCAACGUGGUCCUGGAGGAGCACUACCUGGUGGUGGGGGUGGUGGUGGUGGUGGACAUCGGCGUCAUCCCCAUCAACUCCCGGGGGGAGAAGCAGCGCAUGCACCUGCGUGACGGCUUCCUAGCCGACCAGCUGGAUCCCAUCUACGUGGCCUACAACAUGUAG